AUGGGGCAGAUGUUAACCUUCUGGCCUGUCGAUUUUGAAGAGAAACCUGCACCUGAAACUGCCUCGAGCUCACCCUUCAUCGUCGAUGUUCUGAGCAGCAAGCACCAAGCUUCAUUUUCCCAAACAGCUGCCAUGCAAUAUAACAAUCAACGGCGGGCAUUAGCGUGGUGUUUGGCAAUUGCUUGUACUGCGAAUGGAACAACAGCGAGAACGGGGAAUGGGGAUGCGUGGGUGCGCAGGCAACAAUGGAUCAGCUCCCAGCGGUUCUAUGCAACUCAACAACCCGAUGGAAUCGAUGUCGAUGCGACGGACCACGAUGGAUGGACAGCGCUUAUGGAGACCUCUCACUAUGGACAUAUAGGAGUUGUCGAGCAACUCGUUCAGUUCCCUGGAGCUAUAUGGUGGACCAUUCACACCAUCCAGGCAUAUUUAAUAGCGCUCAUGGCGGCAUCCUAG